UGAAGACCAACAGUCGUCAGGUAUAUCGAUCGGUCGAGGAUCGGAGAAGACAUGGGCGACGCCGAGGUCCCCUUCCUCCUUACGGUGGACGGCGCCGACGGGGACACGGAGACGAAGGAGGAGCCGCCGCUGGCCUGGGUCACCGACUUCCGCGGCCGGCCCGUCUUCCGCUCCAGCUCCGGCGGAUGGCGCUCCGCCCUCUUCCUCAUCGUGGUGGAAUUGGGCGGCACAUUCACGUACUACGGCGUGUCGGCGAACCUGAUCACGUACCUGACGGGUCCCCUGGGCCACUCCAACGCGGCGGCGGCGACGGCGGUCAACGUCUGGGCGGGCACGGCCAGCUUCAUGCCGCUGCUCGGCGCCUUCGUCGCCGACUCCUGGCUCGGAAGAUACCGGUCCAUCGUCCUCGCAUGGACCCUCUACGCCCUGGGUUAUGGCAUGAUGACUAUAGCAUCCUCGCUCCCGGUUCUUCUCCCGUCAUCGCCCAACCACAACGACUCCUCUUCCCGCCCUUGGUCGAUGCAGGCGGCCUUGUUCUAUGCAUCGCUCUACCUCAUUGCCCUCGCGUACGGUCCCGACAAGCCUUGUGGACUGGUUUUCGCCGCCGACCAGUUCGACCCCUACCACCCCAAGGAGUGCGCCGCCCGAAGAUCCUUCUUCAACUGGUGGUACUUCUCCAUAGCCAUCGGCAUCGCCGUCUCAUUCGCCGUCGUCAGCUACAUCCAGGAGAACCUUGGCUGGGAAAUCGGAUUCGGCACGCUCUUUGCCAUCGUGUUGUGCGCCUUCUCCGUCUUCCUCCUUGGAACCCCUACCUACCGCUUCUACUCGGCCACCCUCGGCAUCGAGAGCCCCUUCGUCCGCCUCGCACGCAGCCUUGCCGCACUUGUGAGGAAUUCAAGCUUCUCCUUAUUGGGCCAAAAAAGACACCAUCACCAGCAUGAAGAUGAAGCUACCACGGGAAAGUUCGAGGAGGCACGCCAUGUGUUGCGGCUGCUUCCGAUCUGGGCGACGUGCCUAGCCUACGGUGUCGUGCUCGCACAGGUAUCAACGAUCUUCAUCAAGCAGGGCCGCACCUUGGACCGCCGAAUCUUGGACGGCCUGGAGCUUCCAUCGGCCGCGCUACAGACGUUUGGUCCAGCGGCCAUCUUGGUGUUCGUGCCUAUCUACGACCGGCUGCUGGUGCCGGCUCUGCGUUACGCGACAGGCAACCCGUCUGGGCUGACACCUCUACAACGCGUGGGCACAGGCUUGGCGUUAUCCUUGGCCACGGUGUCAAUGGCUGCGCUGGUGGAGGCCCGACGCCUAGGGAUAGCACGGGAGCACGGGCUUAUGGACGACGCCGGUGCGACGGUGCCCAUGAGCUGGGUGUGGCUGGCGCCACAGUUUGUGAUGAUCGGGGUGGCGGACUCAUUCGUGGCGGUCGGGUUGCAGGAGUUCUUCUAUGACCAGAUGCCUUGCGGGCUGCGAAGCCUGGCCCUAGCGCUCUACUUCAGCGUGAUCGGCAUCGGCAACUUUAUCAGCGGUGCCCUUGUCUGCCUCAUCGAUCGCAUAACGGGCAGCGGCGGUGGCGACAGUUGGUUCGCCGACAACCUCAACCGUGCCCACGUUGACUACUUCUACUUGUUGCUGGCUGGCCUUAGCGCCGCCGGGCUUGCUCUUUACCUCUACUUCGCCAGCUCCUAUGUUUACAAGUGUACAGCCACAAGAGCUUCCGCUCAGGGCAAGAACCUACCAGUGCUGCAGACAUGCACUAGUGUUGUUGAAUUCUGAAUUUCUGAUGACGGAUGGAUAAGCGUCGAUUAUUCGAGAUGAUCGUCAAUGUACAAAUCAUGAAUAGCUAACUUUAAGGGUAGGAAUUUUAUAGUCCGAAAUAGGAGCUCAUCUCUCAAAAUAGAUUUUGUGAUACUUGAGAUUGUAUAUCUUUGGUGGUCUAUGUAGCGCCUUUUUUUUUCUGCCCGUUGGCAAUUGACUCCGUAA